CUGAUCCCUGCUCAUCCAAUCCCUGUCAGAGAGGCUCAUGCACCAGUUCGAAUGGGGACUUUGAAUGCCACUGUCCAUCAGGGUAUUCUGGGAAGACGUGUGAUAUGGGACCGUUGCCUAUGGAUUGUAAAGACAUAAUCAAUCGCCCACAUCUGUUCUCGAAUCGAGGUGACGGUGUGUACACAAUAAUGUUGCCAAGGUCACACACUGUGCUGCAAGUCUUCUGCAACAUGACGCACGAUUCGGGAGGCUGGACCGCAUUUCAACGCCGCGUCACAAACAGUCCAGAUUUCCACAGAAACCUGGCAGAGUACAAAAAGGGAUUUGGGGACAUAAAUUCCAAUUUCUGGAUGGGUUUGGAGAACUUGAAGGAAAUCGUAGAUUUAGGACCUACCGAUGGGAAAUUACACGGAGUUGUCGUUGGUGCCAACGAUAGCUCCUUGCACGAACAAUGUACCUAUACCAUGCGAAUUAUCUCUCUGAGUGGUGCUCCAUCAUUUACAAUCGAGACGGAGGCUAAUACGAAUUUUUCAUGUACAGGCAGUAUAGUCCCGGAGGCAAAUGGACAGAUAGAUAUAGAUGACGUGUCCCCACAUGUCGCCACAUUCGCCACGUACGACCGGGACACUACUGACAGCUGCGCGGCGCAUCAAGGGGGAGGAUGGUGGUACUAUGGUUGUGUCCCGUCUCACGGCUCAUUACCAACCAACACAUAUAAUAACUCUAUUUACUGCGGAUCACAUUUCUAUCCCGGUCAUUUAAUUCCAGAUGCAAAUUUUCAUUGUACCCCAUUGAAUCUUUAUUCUGACCGUCCAUCGCAAGAAUUUGAUCAGUUUUCAAUGACUUACAUUGAUAUGAUGAUUCGACGAAACAAUUAGUUGACAAAGAAAAUAUAUGCAGCCUGAAUAAUAGCAAAAAUCAUGCAGUGCGCUGCACACAUGGUGAAUAACAAACUUUAAUUAUAUUAAGUCGGUUGAACAUACAUGAUGCUUAAAUAAGAGUUAUUGUUGGUCACAUGCAGGCUAAUGUAUUUAUUUGUCUGUAGUAUUUUAUGUAUUUCUUUUUCUGUAAUCUGUGGAUUUUUAUUGAA